UGAAAGUGCUGAAUCGAUUUCAGCAUCUGCGCUCUUGUAUAUCAGUCCGUCCUCGCGUAUCCUGCCCCAUCCGACGCCACCGCUACAUCUGCUCUUCGUCACCUACGAUGGCCACGCCCGUCGCAUCGUCCUCGCAACCAGCGCAACCGCCUGCGCUCCAGGGCCCACACGCCAAUGAGGGCAAGAAACCGAAAGACAAGAAGGCCAAGGGUGCUGAUGUAUCAGGCUUUCCCCUGGAGCUGCAACCGCGUCCGGAGUUCUUCGAGCACCGCAUUAAAAUGUUUGAUCAGCUCAGGGCCGAGUACGACGAGUGGGUCAAGGCGCAACCGCGCCGAGACAUCGAAGUCACGCUGCCUGAUGGCUCAAAACGCAAGGCUAUCACCUGGGAGACGAGUCCCAUGGAUAUUGCGAAGGAGAUUUCAAAAGGUCUCGCGGAUCGCAUUGUAAUCGCAAAGGUCAACGGCGCAGUCUGGGAUCUCGAGCGGCCUUUGGAGGACUCCUGCUCUCUUGAACUGCUCGACUUUGAGCACCCCGAAGGCAAGCGCGUCUUCUGGCACUCCUCGGCGCACGUCCUCGGCGAGGCGGCCGAACGGCACUAUGGCUGCCAUCUUUGCAUUGGGCCUCCGACAGAGGACGGCUUCUUUUAUGAAAUGGCCAUUGAUGAGCGCGUCGUCACGAACUCGGAUUAUCCCGCGCUAGAGAAGCUCUCCGACCUCGCGGUCAAGGAGAAGCAGAGAUUCGAGCGUCUUGUCGUCUCGAAGGAGAAGUUGUUGGAGAUGUUCAAGUAUAGCAAGUACAAGACGCAUCUCAUCCAGACGAAGAUCCCGGACGGCACAUCGACCACGGUGUACCGCUGCGGGCCGAUGAUAGAUCUGUGCGUCGGGCCCCACAUUCCUCACACCGGGAAGAUCAAGGCCUUCAUGGUCACGAAGAAUUCGGCGUCGUACUUUCUGGGUGACCCGAACGGCGACUCGCUGCAGCGCAUCUACGGCAUCUCGUUUCCCGACAAGAAGCAGCUUUCGGAGUACAAAGAAUUCCUCGCGGAGGCGGCGCGUCGCGACCACAGGAAGAUCGGCAAGGAACAAGAAUUGUUCUUUUUCAACGACCUCAGCCCUGGGAGCUGCUUCUUCCUCCCGCACGGCACCCGUGUAUACAACACGCUGGUCGAGCUGAUGCGGUCCGAGUACUUCAAGCGCGGCUACCAAGAAGUCAUUUCGCCGAAUAUGUACAACAGCAAAUUGUGGGAGGCGUCCGGCCACUGGCAGAACUACAAGGACGACAUGUUCACGCUGACGAUCGAGAAGGAGCCGUGGGCGCUCAAGCCGAUGAACUGCCCGGGGCACUGCCUGAUCUUCGACUCGCGCGACCGCAGUUACAAAGAACUCCCCAUCCGCAUGGCCGAGUUCGGGAUCAUCCACCGUAACGAGGCGUCGGGUGCGCUCACGGGCCUGACGCGUGUGCGCCGGUUCGUUCAAGACGACACGCAUGUGUUCUGCAUGCCAUCCCAGAUCGAGGAAGAGAUCUACAAUUUGUUUGAUUUCAUGCAGCACAUCUAUGGCCUCUUCGGAUUCGACUUCCGUCUCGAGCUGUCGACGCGGCCUGACAACUACUUGGGCACGAUCGAGACGUGGAACGAGGCUGAGAACCAACUGAAGAAAGCCCUGGACCAGCAAUAUCCAGGCCAGUGGGAGAUCAAUCCCGGCGACGGCGCCUUCUACGGCCCGAAGAUCGACAUCACGAUCCGCGACGCGCUGCGCCGCUCGUUUCAAUGCGCGACCAUCCAGCUCGACUUCCAGCUUCCAGAGCGAUUCAACCUCAAGUACCGCAGCGCUGACGACACCGCAAGCGCGGACAAGCCACCCUCAAGGCCCGUGAUCAUCCAUCGUGCCAUAUUGGGCAGUCUAGAGCGGUUCAUUGCCAUUAUCACGGAGCAUUUUGCGGGCAAAUGGCCAUUCUGGUUAUCUCCUCGCCAAGUCUUGGUCGUUCCUGUGGCUGUGCCAUACAAAGAAUAUGCUGCCGAAGUCGCACAGAAACUGUCUGACCUCGGGCUCUUCGCCGACGUUGACAACGGCGAUAACACGUUACCCAAGAAGAUCCGUAACGGCGAAAUCGCGCAGUACAACUUCAUUCUUGUCGUUGGGCAGGAAGAGCUCGAUGGCCGCUCUGUAAACGUCCGGAACCGCGACGACGUCGGUACAAAGGCCAAAGGCCAAAUGAUACCGCUAGAAGAGGUGGUCCAGAAACUCGUUGCAUUGAAGAGCAGCAGAAGCUUGAAGAACCAAUUUAUAUGAUACUCUCGACCUACCGCAUACUAAGUUCUGUCUGCAUGUUUUUGUUGCUACUGCAUGUAUGUCGAGAAAGAGAAUAAAGAAAGCCAUAGUACAG